AUGAAGCGCCCACAAAGCCUCGGACGACUCUUGACUGUCGCCCUCGCUGUAGCACCACUGGCAUCAGCAUGGCCCGGCUGGCUCCCUGAAAUAGACUCGCUCGUUGUUCGCCAGGAUGACUCCGAUUCCACAACAACUGCCGACACAAAAGCCACAGCGACGACAACCGACGAGCCAACGUCCACAGGAACAAGUGCAGAGUCAACGGGAACCAAGGACUCGGACUCGACGACCACCGCCGACAGCCAUGAACCCCAGACGACAAAUCUUAACACUGGUGGCAUAACAUCAAGCGGGACGGGGACGAAAACACAGACUGGUUCCAAAACCAAGAGCGGCUCCAGUGAUGCUAAAUCCACUACCUUCGACGCCGAGGAUCCUGCUGGUGGUGUUGCUAUGAUCACGCCCGCCACGACGGCAGGCACUACACUCUACCGAAUUGACAACCCCGAUCCGAUCACCUGGGUCUGGAACUACACCUCUCUGCAGGGCACUCCUACUGCUAUCGAUGUGAUGGUAUCAUGUUCUGUGGCCAGCGCCACCUGGACCCUCACCCAGAACAUGACGUUUGAGCCUACUGCAACAUACAAGUGGGAUUCUGCCAAAUACCAGGAAAGCGCGGUGGCGAGUCCCUUGGUAGUAGCGCAGUACACCCUCCUGAUCAUCGACUCUGACUCGUCCGUGAGUGCCACUGCCGAAGCCGGAUAUCUGGCACCUUACAGUGGCUUCCAGUUCGGCCUGUACACGAGCAGGCCAUACGAAGACCUGGGCGAGUGGAAGUGUGCAACUUGCAGUGCGGCAAACGGAGACCUCGACCGUAAGGCAGUAGGCUUCGCCGUCUCGAUGAGCAUCAUUACUGUACUCAGUUUCACGUGGUACGUGAUGGGAUUCGCUGCACUGCUGUAG